UAAGGUUACUUUGAACUCUAUAUUUCAUGUUUCCUGACAUACCCUCCAAAGAACUGCAAUUAUGCUAGCGAGGCUGCAGGAGUGUUAGACAGUUCUUUCCCAGUUCUUUUGCUUUUCGCUGCCUUUCCAUGUGCUCCUGUCUUGUUUAGAGCUGGGCCUUUUAACUUUUAUUUGUGGUGUGCAUGGUUCUUAGGAUAUUGGAAAAAAACAUGCUGAGGAUUCACUGUGAGGCAUGGCUAUUUUUGUUAGAAGCUGAUACUUCAGACUGAGCUUUAAGUGUUGCCUCUGGAAGGCCCUAGGUUGCUCUGGGAGGGCAGGAGUCUGCAGAGGAAAGGGAAAGUUCAGAGGGGCGCAAAAGAAGAAGGAACAGAAUUAGAAAAAGCAGAGGACCUCCCUCUUCUCAUUCUGCAGCUCCUGCAAGAGCCAGCAACCCAGAAGUAUUAUCUAAGCUGCCACAGUAGAUCUUGACCUUUUUAACAGAGUAUCUCUUACCAUCUUCAUCAUGGCCGAGAUUACAGCAGAAGGACGUAUGUCUACAACCACGACGAUAAUAGAUGGUAAGAACGGAUCCAUUCCCUCAUCAUCCAUGAAAGUGGGCAAGAAAUCAGUUACAGAAGACCUCGUGACAACGUUCAGCUCACCAGCAGCAUGGCUUCUUGUUGUUGCUCUGAUUGUUACCUGGUCGGCAGUAGCUAUUGUAAUGUUUGACUUGGUGGAUUACAAAGCCUUUGCAGCCACCUAUUCACAACAUUGCGAUGAUCCCUGUUUACCACCUGGAAGAUCUGUUAACAAGCUCAGCACAGAACCACUGAGAAUCAUUCAUGAGACAUUGGAAGAAUCCACUGAUUGGCUUUAUGGCUUUAUUUCUUUUCUGUCUGACAUCGUAUGGAGUGAUGAUGAUGACAAUGAUGAAGGUGAAGUGGAACCUUCCCUGAAAAAAGAAAUUCAUAAAGAGAAGCCGGAGAGACAUGAAAAAAGAGCAGCACCAAAGGUAAUUCACAGAGACAAACCUGAAAAACAAGAAAAAAUUGAGAGGAAGGAACCCCUAAAGGUGACACAUAAAGACAAACUGGAAAGACAAGAAAAACCUGAAAAAAAGGAAAGGCACACAGCUACUCACAAAGAGAAACCUGAAAAGCCAGAAAAACAUGAAAAGAAAGCACCUCCUAAAGUAAUUCAAAAAGACAAACCUGAAAGACAUGAAAAAGCUGAAAAGAAACCUCCUCCCAAAGAGGAGAAGAAAGUAAAGAGCACUAAAGUGGAAGCAAAAGUUAAAAAGGAAGUGAAGGAUGGAAAAGGAGAAGCAAAGACGACUGAGAAGGUCAAGCAGGCAGAGACUAAAACAACAGAAGUUGGGCUAAUAAAGGCCAAACCGAAAGCUAAGGAGGAGAAAGCUCUUCAGACUGUAACUAAAUCGGAAAAGAAAGAUCAAUAUGCAUUCUGUCGCUAUGUGAUUGACAUGUUUGCGCAAGGGGAUUUUUAUCCAGGACAUAAGGAAAUGGUACCACCUCGUCUUCUUCUUGAACACAGUCCAAGAAAGAAACCGGCAGCUAUUGAAGGCAAAAAAGAAGAAAAGAAAAAGACUGAUGUAAAGAGGGCUUUGACUGAAACAAAGAAGAAAGAAAAAGAAGGGAAAAAAGAGAAAGCUCAUGAGAAGACAGCUGUCCCUGAAAUUAAAAAAGCAGAGAAAAAAGAAGCUGCUGUGUCCAAAGAACUCAAAAAGCCAGCAAAAGCUCCUGCAGCCAACCCAGCUAACAAAAAAACAGCAGCGCCAGAACCACACAAGAAAGAAAAAAUGAUGGAAACUGCCAAAACAGCAAAGAAAGAAGUAAAAGCACGUGCAUCCGUUGAGACUGUGAAGUCAAAGGCAGUACCUGAAAAGCAGGAAGAAAAAGCAAAGAAAGCAGCUGAGCAAGAUAAAGCAAAGACGAAACAAGGAAAUCCUGGAAAAGAGAAAGCAUUGAAAUCUCCAGCUGCUACAAAAGAUAAAGAACAUGCUAAAGAAAAGGCAGGAAAGAAUCCUACAUCUUUAAAAGAUAAAGAUUCUCUAAAAGGAAAAAAUCCCAAGAAUCCAGAGGUGGCAAAGGAAAAAGAUACUGGUAAAAGAAAAGAUGUGAAGCCUCCAGCAGCCUUAAAGGAAAAGGACUCUUCAAAAGGAAAAGAAAUGAAGACCUCAACUACAACUAAGGAAAAAGCUGCGCUGAAAAAGGAAGGGGAAAAGAAAGCUACCUCAGAGAAACCUCACGAAAACAAGCAUGCACGCGUUAAACAUGAAAAAGCUAUCUCUCAGACUAAGACAGAGGAGAAAAUUAAACAACAAAAGACAACUCCCACUGAGAAGUCAGUCCAGGCAAAGCCAGCAAAGCAUGAAGCAGUCAGACAUGAAAAAGAUGUUCCACCUACAAAACCGGUCAAACUGAAAAGCACUGCAAAGCCAACAGGUGAAAUCCCAACAGCGGCCUUGAAAAAAACAAAGACAGCUAAAGAAAGAGAAGAAAAAACAAUUGAGAAGAAACAUCUGAAAGAUGAAAAAAGCAAAGGAGUCCCGCCGGUAAAAGAAGCUCCACGACAUCACAACCUGACAACAGCUCCUGUCCGCUACUUUCAAUGUGUCUUCCUAAAUGGACCUAAUGGAUUUGGACUGCAAUUUCCCACUAAUCCCGCUUCGAACAAGGAAGAAAAGACUCACUCAAAGACUUCCAAGAGAAAGACAAGGAAACCAGGGCAGUAGGGAGACUGAGUUGUAUGAUCACUCACAUUUUGCACUUUAUCUUUUCUGCUGAGGUCCACAGUAGUUACAGUGGUAUUUGUCAUUGCAAGCAUGUGAUCCACUUGGACACAGGUACCUGGAAAAAGUUUCCAUGGGGCAGAGGCAAAACAAGCAGUAAUGAACUGUGUUUGACAAAGGCAGAAAUGUAAAAAAGUGCCCCGUUCCUCAUGGAAAGGCUGCAAUGCUAAGAAAGCAUUGGCCUGAUGGUGUGUGUGAGCAUGUGUGUGUGUGUUUUCCUGCCUCUUUUGCUCUCCUUGUUUUUCUUUACCUACCUGCUCAGCAUUGAAGUGAGUCUGUUUUCCAUUUAAUCUUAUCUAGGGAGUGAAAGGUUGAAUAUAGCUCUUAUAUCAGCAAGAUUGCAAGACUACCUGCAAUCCUAAAUCAUUUCUUCUUAACGUUCAAUCAAACUGCUGACAGGAAAAAGCCUCACUAAGUCAUGAAAAUGUGCUCUGUGACUGGUGCUAUUUUUAUGUCUCAUUGACCAGUGCAGCCUGAAGCUCACAUUUGCGCUGAGCCGCUCAAUAUACCACCACUACGUUAGCUCCGCAAGUCACGUUAAUGAUGAAUAUUUCUAUUUAACUCGAAGCAGUAGCAGCAUGGUCCGUUUGCCCUGCCUGUUGGUGAAAUACAAUCCCUUCAGUUUCUAAAGCCCAAAGCGAGCAGAAAAAAUGAAACAACACAGCAAAGUUGAGGAAAACCAGUGUUUUACCAACAUGAAGAAAAAAACGAAGUCAUUUUAGUACUUCUACUUUUCUUCUGUGGGUUAAUCGGAUUGACUUGCAGUGAAGGCCAUGUAAAUGGAGAAUAUAUCAGCCAGCCAUUUGUUAUUAACAUAAGUCAGAUGAAAAGCUAUGAUGUGCGAUGCCCCUCAUGAAACUAAAGCAACCCAAAUUUCCAGCGGGUAAACACGCCAAUUUGAUGCAAUCUCAGAUCAUCAAAAAAGCAAGCAAACCAACCCAAAAAAUUCAAACCAACAAACAGGAGCAUAUGAAAUAAUCCGAGUACCUGAUUUUACUAGAUGAAAUGAAAGGACUUCCUCACAGCCCAGUACUGUUGAUAUCUUAUAGAGGAGAAAUGGAAGUAGAUAUGCCAAUCCUCAACAUUCUUUUGUGCAUUUCUGUAGAAAUAAUGGAUUUGUUGCCUUAAGAAAGAGAUGGGAUGGCAUUUGACCCAUGUGAAGGCACAUGUCUGAAAACUGCCAUCUCAAUUGUCGGUGUGUCUGGCAGUGUAAAUAGUCAUAUGUUUUUGCAAGCUGCUAUGUGUUUGUAUCUCCUUAUUAUAUUUUUGCAUUUAAUUCGUGAAAUGUACAGCGGUGAUCUUAGUUAUAUAGUUACCUGGUGAAGCAGCAUGGUACUCUGUACAACCUGGCUACUUGUAGAGUCUGAUCACACCAGUAAUUAUAUACUGCUUUUCUAUUUUUAGCUUAGUUCAAGAUAACAACAGCCCCUUCCCCCACCCGUCUCGCUGCCAACCUACUCUUACCUUAAUCAAAUAAUCGACUCACGUGAAUUUUGGACAACUGAGUCUUUGACAGGUUUAUGCAAUUCAGAAAGUUUUGUUGUUGCACUGCUGGGUCAGGUUGGUACUCUCUGAUUACUGGUCAUGGCCUCAGGCGAACUGGGUUCUUGGCCUUAAAGCGCUCUCAUAUUGCACAGAUCCUGUGCUGCAAAAACUGUCAUUGCAACGAGCGGUCUAGACAGUGGUUUCUGGAAAAAGGUAGGAACAGAUCCUGCUCUAGGAGUAGAUCUCCCCACACAGGAGCACACUGCAGAUAAAAGUGUUCAUGGCGAAUGCCUCCACCGUCACUGUGAAAUCUGCUCUGGAGACAGAGCUGUCAACAGAAUAACAGAGUUUCAUGGCAAAGUGACAAUCUUUUGUUUUCUUUCAGUGGGACUUUUUAUAUUUCCAGUGACUUUUUUUCCUUCCCAAUAUGUGAUUUUGUACAUAUUAUUAUGGAUGUUAUUUCCCUAGUUUUUUACUGUGAAAGCUGUCUUAAAAUGAGAUUGUAACUUUCUGAAAUUCAGUUAAUUUAAUUCAAGACUAUAUCUAAUUCCAAUAAUCUGGACAAAAUUUUAAGAUACUAUAAACUGUUAUUUUUUCAGCUUCUUGUGGCAAAAUAAAUUUUGUUCAUUAUAGUUAGCCUUAACUUCCUAUUUGAGUUGGGACAUGACAAGAAUAUGUUCCAGAUCUCAUUUCCAUAAUGUUUAAAUUAGGUAUCUGAAAGCUUUGGAAAUAUAAGCAAUUAAUAUCAUUGAAAAAAUUAUAUAAAACCAGUCAUUUAUUGUUGUUUCCUAAGCUCAAUGACUGCCUCGAAGAACAGAAGAAACAGGUCCGCUCUCAAAGUGGCAAGCAUUUUUCUCUUUAAAACCAUCUGGUAACUUAAAAAAAACUGAAUUGCAUGGUUUUACUCAAAUUAGCCUGAAAUAUUGCAAAAUCAUAUGCUGAUUGUUAUCCAUUUUGGAAAAUAAAGAAUAUAAACCUUG